GCAGAGCAUCGCUUUGCAGUAACACAACUCGAGAGCCGCACACUGACGUACGGGCUUGCUAGCUCGCUGUCGGUUUUUCAAACAUGGAUCAAGACAACAAUUCAGAGGAUGAGUCAGUUGGCCCAUCAGAGGAUCCUUCAGAAGAGGAACUGCCUUGUCUCCCUCCAGGGCUCUCGGAUGGCGAAGCAAUGGAGCUGCUUUGGCAGUUGCGAGCCCAGCGCCGCCAGUUGUCCCCCAAGCUCCCAGAGACAGUGACCUGUCUUAAUGCUCCUGAUGGCAGCCUCCUUUACCUGGUGGGCACUGCCCACUUCAGUGACAGCAGCAAAAAGGAUGUGGCCACGACGAUCAGAGCUGUGCAGCCAGACGUGGUGGUGGUGGAGCUGUGCCAGUACAGGGUGUCUAUGUUGAAGAUGGAUGAGAGUACACUGUUGAGAGAAGCCAAAGACAUCAACCUGGAUAAGGUUCAGCAGGCCAUCAAACAGAAUGGGCUGAUGUCUGGCCUGAUGCAGAUUCUUCUGCUCAAAGUUUCAGCCCACAUCACAGAGCAGCUCGGCAUGGCUCCUGGAGGAGAGUUUAGGGAGGCCUUCAAAGAGGCUGGACGAGUGCCAUUCUGUAAAUUUCACCUUGGAGACAGGCCGAUCCCUGUGACGUUCAAGAGGGCCAUUGCUGCUCUCAGUCUGUGGCAGAAGGCCCGUCUGGCGUGGGGUCUUUGCUUUCUGUCGGACCCAAUCAGUAAAGAGGAUGUAGAGAAGUGCAAACAGAAGGACCUGCUGGAGCAGACCAUGUCAGAGAUGAUUGGCGAGUUUCCUGCUCUCCACCAGACCAUCGUGGCUGAAAGAGAUAUCUACCUCACGCACACGCUCCGUCAGGCUACACGCUCUGUGGAGGCACCCCGUAAUGCCCAGAAAGUGCCUGCUGUGGUGGUGGGAGUUGUUGGGAUGGGUCAUGUCCCUGGCAUCGAACGGAACUGGGAGAAGCAGCUCAACAUUCAUGAAAUCAUGAGUGUUGCACCUCCCUCACGUUUUGGCUGGGUGCUGUGCACAGUCAUAAAGGGUGUCAUGAUGGGAAUGUUGGGGUAUGUCUGCUACCGUGCUGGUGGGAGUGUAGGUAGAGCCAUGCGGUCUUCACCUAUGGUCCAGGCUUUACUGGAGACUCUACGGCCACCCCCUGCUUGACCCCACUGUUCUUCUCUGAGCCAUCAGUGACACAACUUUUGAUCUAUUAAAACAAUUAAUCUAUCACCAAUGGCCUUAAAAACAGGGUGAGACUGGAGGAAUGGUUUCACCAGCCCACGCUAUGAACUAUGGAGGACCUCAGGGGGUUAAAAGCCUCCCACCUCAUAUUAAUGUCCCUGUAAAUGCAGCAGGGUCAUACUGCCAAAGAAACCUUGACAGUACUCCUUGUUUUCUUUCAAAUGUUGUGCAAAUCCUGGUUUUUGUAAGGUUUACAGAUGCCAGUAAUUCCUGUUCGCAUUUCCCCCACCAUUCCUUUAAAUGACUUACCAACAUUUUUCUUGACAUGUAUCAUUGGAAUUAUCUGUCCUGAUAUGACUGAGCCACUUUGUGAGAGGCACUCUGUUCUAAUGCUGUCUCCUUAUUCCCUCCUCCAUUCUGGUGCUAACCAGCAUUUUUGGUAAAUGGCCCUUUUCAAGUCCAGGACUUAUUAAGAGACUGGUAGAGAAUUGUACUGCACAUGCAGUCUAUGGGAAGGAAAAGAAAGUAAAACAUGUCAGUAUCCAUAACUUUACCUAACUGAAAUAAACUAAUUACAAAAGUAUAAUUUAGGCACCCCUUCAGUUUCUGUAGUUGUUGCAUUGAAUGAAUGUAAAAAAUAAAAAAAGUCUCAAUUUGGAAGGCUGACCAUCAUUUUCUUAGUUCCUGAAAAAUCUCUUUGAAAUGCAUUUUCUUCAUACAGGAAUAGUGUAAGAUAAUAAGGAUUUAUUUCCCAUGUGCACAGUGCUGCCUACGUCAACAGACAAGUGCCUCAUAUUGCAGCAGUAAGGGCUAAUGAUGGAAGUGCAAGUUUCUAAUAUUCUGUCUUCAUUGAAUUAUAUGGUAGGCUUAUUUUAUUGUUGCCCUAAGUAGAGACCAUGUAGUUUGUGUUGUCUUGGCUUCAGUUGAAACAGUACCAUUGCCCCUUCAUUUUACAUUCACUCAUACAUUCAGCAGAGACCUUAUGCAGGACAGGCUCAGAAGUGCCUCAGGAUGAGAAAAGUAUUUAUCUUAUAAAUUGUACAUUUGAUUGUAGCUCCACGAUGAGGCACCCUCACAAACUGGGUUUAAAUGGCUCUGUCUCUGAGUAAGGGUUCAUACUUGACACAAAAAUAUGCAUCUUAUACAGAAGGCCAUCUCUGAAAACCUUCCCAAGUAAACAUCUGUCGCGUGCACCAGGUGUUUGUAGUUUUAUGAUAUAUGCAUUAUCAUUUGCCAGUCGGAUUGUAAAAUGAGGAUUUAAAUGAUAAUAAUGAACUUGAAUGUUUCCCUUAAAUUAAGGAUUGGACUUGACCAUAAUGAUUUCUCAGUGGAAUUCCCAUCAAGGGAAUUUUUUUACGCACUUCUUUGGACUACUAUGAGCGAAGCUGAUAUUGUUAAUACUGAGGUUAAGCCUUACACUGCUAUCACUGCUGCCUUUGACCCUCGGAUUGCCUCCUCUUCUGAGGCACUGACCUGUAUCCAUAAUACGGAGCUUCUUGUUGCAAAAGUAAAAACUGGCUACAUGACACCCCUGGAGCUUUGUUAAGUGAGAGCUGUCGCGAGAAAUACAACAUCUUCUUGAUGUCUACAUGGUUUCAUCUAUAAUCUGACAUCAGUUUCCAGAUUUUGUCAAUUUUAAGUGAUUUUGUGUACAGUUCUCGAAUAAUUUAAUGUAUUUAUAAGAGAUAUGGCAGAGGUUCAUUUACUGGCUGUAAUUUGUGAAGAAAUGGUCCAGUGAACUAAUAUGAGACUGAGUAAAUGAAGCAGUGCCAUUUCUUGCAGACAUGAAUAAACCACUUUCAAGUUAGUUAUUAAACUAAAUCAGAUUUUGAGUCUUCCUAUUAUGCUUUAGUCAGAGAUCAGGAUAUUGAAAAAGUGGAUGAACAAUGUAGUCAUCCCUCUCAGUCCCUCAGCAGUGUAAUACAGUCAAACAUUAUGUUUGUUUCCCUACCACAACAUUUCCAAAGAUUUCAUCUACUGUUUGCACAUUUGAGAAUUGCCAAGAUAAUGCCUGUAUUUGUCAAGAUGUGUUUGUCCCUGCACCCUUGUGUGGUAUUGUCUUUGUUGCCAAACCAAACAUUGAAUCCUAACUUCUGUAAUGAAUUAUUAAAGGUUUUUA